CUACAACAGACCUCCUCUUUUCCUGCUGUAGCGUUCAGUAUCAAUUCUUUGUCUCCUUCGUACCUUAUAAUAUACCCAAUUUCAUCACAAUGAUUCGCAACGGUGCUACACGAUUUGCGAGGUCGAUGACCGCGCCCGCUGCGCGUCCAUUCGCGUUAGCUCCACAGGCGGCCCCUGCGCAUCAGUGGACAACACAGUUUGGAUCUCUGGCUUCGCAGAGGCCACGGACAUCGCAACUGGCACGCAUAACGCCAAUUAAGACUACAAUUGCCCGCCGAAAUAUCACAAAAGAGCAACAGAAGGCCGAAGAGCGAUAUGCACAUGAGAAGCUUGUACCUACACCAGAGACUGUCUCUACGACCAGCUCGAUUCACCCAUUCUUGUCUGAACAACAAACCCCUUCUCCUGAACCGGACGUUGAUAUGAUGAAGGAUGUGAAGAGCGAUAUGGAAACUAUUCGCGAAACCUUCAGCCUAAGAGAGGUGCCCAAAGAGGCCUACUACAUGGGUCUCGCAGGCACAAUUCCUUACCUCGGUACCUCGCUUGCUACUGUACUCUGCGCAUACGAGAUCAACCACUCUGUUGGAGGACAAGGCGUGAUCCUUUCAGAGCACACAGCAACACACCUGCUUCACCUCCUCGAGCCUAUUCAAAUUGGUUACGGAGCCAGCAUCAUCUCGUUCUUGGGCGCAAUCCACUGGGGUCUGGAAUGGGCCAAGUAUGGAGGAGUGCACGGUUACCCUCGCUAUGCUAUUGGUGUCUUCGCUCCGAUCGCUGGCUGGAGUGCGACCGUCAUGCCUGUUGAGUACGCUCUGAUUACUCAGUUCAUGAGCUUCGUUGGUCUCUACUUUGUCGACACUCGUGCUGCUCUUAAGGGCUGGACACCCCCAUGGUACCGUGAAUACCGAUUCAUCCUGACCUUCAUCGUCGGUGCCAGUAUCGUGAUCAGUCUAAUCGGCCGUGGUGAGGUUUCUUCGAAGGUGGGGAGGAUGCCGGGUGCUGCCGACCGCAUUAAGGCACUCCGUGAGGGAUCUCAAGACCAGCUUGCGGAGGAAGAAGAGGCCAGAAUUGCUGCCAAGAAGGAUGCAGCGGCCAGCGACGACAGGGAUAAGCACUGAGUUCUGGGGAUCGGCAGGAUCCAUUGUAUUUGGGGGCACGGGGGUAGCAUGUGACGAAAGCUUUCUGAGUCCUCGGCGGGACCAUGCGACACACGCGGGCGUAAUUGGACAUGUAUGGUUAUACCUCGAGCUUUGACAGUAAUUGCACGCCUGUUUCUAGUUAACAAGUGCCGUUACCGACGUUCCGAGCAUGGGGUUUGAGGCUCUGCGAUUGAUAAUGCCAUUAAGUUUGGUUGUGGAGUGCGCGUGUUGAUCGACCCACUGUAUUGAUAUCACAAUGAUCAAGAC